GCGCACUGUGCACGGAGGGAGAGGGCACAGUUCUGCUCUAACGGCUGCUAUGACAAAAUUGCUCUGACGUCGCGUGCUACACACACAGGGUGUAAAGGUGUAGAGAUGGGAUGCUAAUGGCACUCACACCAAAGAUUUAAAAGGAUCUGCUGACAAACAAACAAACAAACCGAGGCAGAGAUGAGAAUAGCAGUGGAAGGCUGUUGCCAUGGUGAGCUGGAUAAGAUCUACGAGACCAUUGGCUACCUGGAGCGUAAGGAAGGCGUUAAGGUGGACGUGCUGCUGUGCUGUGGGGAUUUCCAGGCUGUGAGGAAUGAAGGAGACCUGAAGUGCAUGGCAGUGCCACCCAAGUACAGGCACAUGCAAACCUUUUACAAGUACUACUCAGGGGAGAAGAAAGCGCCGGUCCUGACCAUCUUCAUCGGAGGCAAUCAUGAGGCUUCUAACUAUCUGCAGGAGCUGCCGUAUGGAGGCUGGGUAGCCCCGAAUAUAUAUUACAUGGGAUAUGCUGGCGUCGUUCGCUACAGAGGCAUACGCAUCGGUGGACUUUCUGGAAUUUUCAAAACGCACGAUUACAGAAAAGGGCACUAUGAGUUUCCUCCGUAUGAUCAGGAAACCCUGCGCAGCGUCUACCACAUCAGGAACAGUGACGUCUUUAAGCUGAAACAGAUCCGUAUGCCCAUCGAUGUGUUCCUGACGCACGACUGGCCGCGGGGCAUCUACCACUAUGGGAGCACGGAGCAGCUGCUAAGGAAGAAAAAGUUCCUACGCGAUGAGGUGGAGUCAGGGACGCUGGGUAGUCCAGCUGCCGCUGAGCUCCUCAAUCACCUACAGCCCAGCUUCUGGUUCUCAGCACAUCUGCAUGUCAAAUUCGCCGCCAUGAUGCAGCACGAGGCCAAGAGUAAUGCUGCUCCUAAGACCACCAAGUUCCUCUCUCUGGACAAAUGUCUUCCUUACAGAGACUUCCUUCAGGUAGUGGAGAUACCGGACAGACCUGGCUCCUCUGAACAGCUGGAGUACGAUCCAGAGUGGUUAGCCAUCUUAAAGGCCACCAGCCGGCUUCAGAAACCCUCUCCAAACAUUUGGCACCCACCUGAGAAUAACGGACUUCACACACGUUGGGACUACAGUGCAUCAGAGGAGGCCAUGAUGGACAUUGUGAGUGCUUUAAAUGGUGAGCUGAGCAUCCCUGAGAACUUCAGUCCAACAGUGCCCGCGUAUGACCCCUCUCACCCUCAGCCCCACGCCCCGCCGGCCUACUGCACCAACCCUCAGACCACAGAGUUGUGCGCCACCCUCGGACUCGUCGACAUCUACGCUCUGGCAGGCCAGGGCGCACAGAACUCUACGUCCUGGAGAGACGAAGGAGCAAAUGACGAAGAGGAGGACGAGGACAACCGGAGCUCGGGUAGCGUGGACGAACCCAGCGAGUACCCUACCGAGACCUCUAUACUCAGCAACUCCUACAAUCCUGACGAGAUCACCAUUGAGGAUGAGUGGGAGGAAGAGGAGGAGGAGGAAGAAGAGAAGAAUGGAGGAGAGGUAAAGAAGCCUGGGACAGAUGCAGUGGUUCCCGAAGCUCCAGCAGGAGCACAGGACAGCGAUCGGGACAGCAGCCCGCAGCGAGAGGCCGCAGGCAGGCUCGUUUUACCGCCUCCUCGUACUGCAUCAGAGAUGGACGAGCCCCCAGAUUCACCUCCUAGACGUCCUCCAACUUCGACAUCGUUCUCAGGCUGUUGCUCCCAGACGAGUUCGGAGGAAGAGGGGGUCACACCACCGGCCAGAGUGCCCAAGCGCCCAAGUGGAGAAACCAAGGGCUUGUUUAACCCUACAGGCAGCACGCCCAGGAUCAAACGCCGGAAUCAGACCAUCUACGCAGCAGCAGAUGACGAGGAGGAGGAGAGUUAGAGAAAGAGAAGGGAAAAUGUACAGACUGGUGCAGAAAGAGGUUUUUUUUUUUUUUCGUUUACUUAAGAGCUUUUUAGUGUGUUUUUUAACAAGUUUCUUUAAACGUGAAUUAUUAUGAUGAUAAUGGGUUAUAGAAAACCAAGCUACCAUAAUUAUGGGAUAUAUUUUUUUGUUUCUAUGCUCUCAUUGUCAUACACUUGUAUGAUGAUAUUAUCAGUGUCACCAUGACACAUAUUGUUCAUGAUAAACAUUUUUUCAUGACUAA